UGCACUACCACUACCAGCUCGCACGCGUCGCCGCAGGGAUUCAAAAGAGUAGUUGAAGACGAAAUAGUAACCCUCACCAGCAUCUCCAUAAGCACCGUACAUAUUCCGAUGCAGAGAUCGAACAUGCUGCCCACUCACACUGCAACUUCCACAUCGCUGACUCGGGCCACGUCUGUAGCCGAAGUUCAUAGCGCGCCAGAGAGCAAUAUGGCGGGAUCAAUUACAGCUACCUCAUACAUGCUGCGGGUUGGUGGAAACUUGACUUCAGGCGGGCCGAUCGGCGUGAAUAUCGAGUUUACCGAGCCCCUGCGCAUGAUAUGGCGUGACAUCGAGGUCGGCGUCAUAGAGCGCCCGGAGAGCAUCCACAUACCGGGCAAAGGAACGGCGCAGUGGACAUGGCCGGACUUUGAAGUCCUCAUCCCCAAUUCGAGCGGCGACAAGUCUGCUGUAGUUCAGCGCCGCAUGCAAGACGGCAGCGCAGUGCUUGGCAGAGCAUCCACAGACAACACGCGCGCUGACAUUGAUCAGGCUGGGUCUGCACACGAAGGCCUGACCAACUGGUUUGGUGCCAUCAGUGCGCACCGCUCGUUCACCAUGCUGUGGAAGUCGCGCGUCAGGGUUUCUGCUAUUGGAUUGCACACCGACAACAUUACGUUUGAAAAGCUUGUGAAUGUCGUUUGCGGCGAGUCUGGGAGCUGCACCAUCGACGGCACAUCAUUUGUGAGCUAGGCCUUUUUUCAAUUAUUUUUAGUUAUAAUAGUUAUCUUUAUUUAAUCUUGAUAGUAAAUUACAUUUUGC